AGCCUUAAACAAAUGUGGCAGUCCGCCCAUGCAUUACAUGUAUCUGGCUUCGUGGUAUCAGAUAACAUUCGUUGAAAACAUAACAAAGAGGAAGUUAUAAUAUCAAAAUUGUCUUUCGAAAUCUGCAACAGGUAAAGUGUUUAAACAGUAAGCUGAUAUGAUGAAGAAAAGAAAAAAGAAGCGGAAGAAGAAACAGUCAUCAAGCUAUACAAAUGUAGUUAAAUCUUAGACAUAUUUUUUUUUUAAUCUGUUUUUAAUUCUUUGUUUGGGACAUGUACCAGUACCGGCCAAACAAAAACGCUUCAGUCCGACUGCGGCAAGCAUAUGUAGGGCAAAAUAAAAGUACAGUAAACUCAUCAGCAGCUUACAACAAAGUUGACCCACUGAGUACUAAAUGUGGGACUAUCAGAAUUAUUCCAACGGACGAAGACCCGGAUAGUGCAGUUAUGUCUCUUGAACUAUUAGCUGAAUGUUUCAUCGAAGGUUUAAUCUUAUUUGAUUAUGGAAAAAUAACUGUAUAUUUAAACCAAAGUGCCGACUUUCUGUCUGAUAUAGAGAACACGGCGUUUGCAGAGCAGAGGGAAUUUUCACAUCUACACGAUGUGUACGUUACAUAUAAAACGUUUUUAACAUAUCGCAAUAGAUACGGCAAAAUACUAAUAUUGCCGAAAAAUCAGUCCUUUUUUACAAUAUUUAAACGACUUAAUGAAGGCAUCUACGAUGGAGAACAUAUGAAACCAGAUUUAAGUGUACUCCUUAAAGAUUUUUACAGGCAGAAAGAACUAUUCCAACGGAAUGAAACUAAGAACGAUGGUCCAGAGUGUUGUGAAUAUUAUGUUUCUGGACCAAUGGUAGAAACAUGUCGUCAUAUACAGAGUCACAUGUGUGAAACCGAAAACCAACUUGACGAAAGUAACAGAAAAUGUCGGGAAUUCUUCUCGUUAAGAAUGUCAAAAAGGAAGAUAUAUUUCGGCAUCAAGAGGGUGGCUAAACCGUUACUGCAAAGAUUUGGAUUACUACCGCGGUUACCGCCACCUUUAUCCCGUGAAAAAAUUGCCUUUCAUUACCCUUUAGAAGGGCAGUUUAAAUUUCCUGUACAGGUUUCUGAUGAACAAAGGGAUGAUGAGGCCCGUAAUGAACAAGUAGUCCCAACUUACCAUUCGAUUAUCUACAGAGAUGACAUUUCGUAUGGACUCGCUUCGCAAUCAGGUAAUAAUAACGGGGUGUAUACGCCAGUUACGAACAAUACACAAUCUGCGAUACGAGAAACGGAAGAUUUUGCGCAACAAAGACCUCGAAUUCCGCCUCGUCACUCUGAUUAUUCCCAUUACGCUGAUAGAUUGAUAUCAUUUGCGAGAUGGUUUCACAGACGUCCGGAUUCAGCUACGCUUAGUCAAGCAGGGUUUUUCUUCACAAACCAAGGAGAUCUCGUGCGUUGUUUUCAAUGUGGCAUUGGGUUAAAGGAUUUCUCACCAGACGACGAUCCAUUAUUAGAACAUGUUAGACAUUCAAGGCAGUGUCCAUUUCUUUCAGAACUUUUGGGUGAUGAUGGGCUGGCAAUGUAUCAGGACAGACUACAAGCUGUCGAUCCUGAAUACAAUCGUCGACAGCAGUGGGCUGAGCGACAAAGCGGUUCAGCCCCACGAUCAAGCUACCGCCAUCCUGAAUAUCAAGCAAUGCAUGUUCGGUUUUCAUCAUUUACAAACUGGCCUGAGCAUAUGAUGCAAACACCACAGCAGUUGGCCGAGGCCGGGCUAUAUUACACUGGUUUUGAAGACCAAGUGCGUUGUUUUGCAUGUGAUGGUGGUUUAAGACGCUGGGACCCAGAAGACGACCCAUGGACAGAACACUGCCGGUGGUUUCCCGCGUGCCCUUAUGCUUUAGAACAAAAAGGGGAACAAUUUAUAGCUCUGGUGCAAGCGUCUGUUGAAAACGAGGGAUAUGGAGCAAGUGGUGGAAGUGUUCAUGACUUGACAAGUACGAUGGAACAAUUGAGAUUACAAGAAUCUUUAACUGAAUCAAUUAUGACACAGCACAGAGCUGUAUGUGUCGAUAUGGGAUACAAGGAAGAUGAUGUUAAAAACGCUGUGCAAGAACUGCUUGAGAGAGGAAAGAAGACACCUUCACUUGAGGAUAUAAUAGUUUUGAUCGAUGUCAUAAGAGAACGGAAGCAGGACGAUGGACAUUCUAUCGCAAAUGAAACACCCUUGGAAGAAAAUCAACGACUGAAGAGAAUCGUUUUCUGCAUGAAAUGCGGCAAGAAUAAUGUAAAUGCAUUAUUUUUACCAUGUACACAUCAUGAGCUGUGUAUGUCAUGCGCUGACCCAUUAGAGGAAUGUCCGGUGUGUCAAAGGGGGAUUAGAGACAAAAUCCGUACUUAUAUGGUUUAAGCCAAUGUUGACAAGUGUUGUUAAUGUGUUAUAAGUCGUUGACGCAUUGUUGUGCAUUUUUGUCAAGUAAAACAUGGUCAGUGGUAUUACAUGUAUGACAUUUUUCGACUCCGUCCAUCUGAUAGAAAUGUAAUGCUCAAGUUUAUCAAAACAGACUAUAUAAUAUUCAUCAUUGGCUUGCAGUAUCAUAAAAAAUAUAACAAAACCUUAUAUCCAGUGGAUGUCUUUAAAGUUUAUACAUACUGAACAUUUCUACAGGUACAUGAAAUAUGUAUUCACUGCCGACAAAAAGGACAGAAAAGUCUACCUUUGUUAGUUACCUUUAAAGAGUUGGUAAUGUUGUUUUCUCUGUCAUUAUUAUCAGCAGUGUACUAAUAAAUUCCUCAUUACAUUUAAAUUGGAGAAACGGAAAAUGGAAAAAAACAAGUAAUCCUUCUGGCCAUUAAGGAUAAAACGAAAAUAUAUACUAUAUGCGGUAGAUAUCAUACAUACAAGCCACAUAUUUAACUGUGAAUAACGUUACGAUUUUUAUUGACACUCCGUUUUUGUCGGGAAUAGUUUGUGUUUCAGCUAUAGUUGGUAUAGUGGAAGUUUGGAAAUCUCGGAGGGUGACUUACCUUCCGGUUCUUUGAGAUCUAAUGUUCUAUAAGGAUCCGUUAACCCGUUGUUAUGGAGCACGUGGAGUGUUGCAAAUUUCAUAUUCUCUCAUGAAAAAACUCAUUUAAACCUAAUCUGCCACCAAUAUGCUUUGUUAAGCUUUGUUAAGCAUCCAUUCUUAUAGAUUUGAUUAACUCCUUUAAGCGUCGCGUGCGACUGUAUAACGCCGUGCCGUACUUGAAUUUAAAUAAUGUUGAUAGGUCUAGUCCGCUAGGAUUAUUGAUGCCAUUCAAUAAAAAGAGUUCCGCUUAAGCCGGUGGUAGAAGGUUUGAUGACUGUUGCACUUUCAUAACAUCUCAUGAAUAUACCUCAUCAAACUAAGUCUGAUAUAAGUGUGUUUUUGUUAUGCUCUAUGUUUCCAAGUCAUUUCCUCGAUUUAAUUUUGACACUGUAUUAUAUUGCCAGUCAUAUCAUCUGCUCCUACCCUCCGGUGCGUGCACGCCGCGCGAACGCACAAGUUACCGACGGAAGAAGGUCAGUAAAUUACUGGACGCCAAUUUUGGUGUAUCUACAAAAGCCGGAUGGAGUUGCCCUGACACUUGCUGUUUUGUCGGAAGAAAACUUGAAAUAAUCGCAAACUGUAAAAUUGUUUUGCAGUGAGCAAUUUAAUUGCAAUAUGUUUUGCACUUCAAACAGCAGACCAGCGUUACACCUAAUUGAGAUGUCCCAUCUAGUGUCGCGUUAGUCUUAUGGUUGUGUUUGGCCCAUUUUACAUGUUCACUGAUAUAAGAGCAGAAAUACUGUUAGAGAGUUUCUGUUUUGUACAGUUUCGGCUUAGUCUAAAUCAUUAUUUAU